UUAAAAUCGCCUCGAAUUAUAUUCGCUAAAACACAAAGCUUACACACUAUGCAAUUUUACGCGGUUAAAAUCCGCGCCAAAUCAUCAUUACCUCGUGGUUAGUCAUUCUGCAUGGUCUUGCUACCGUUCGUGCGUUAAAGUUUUUUAUUUAUAAAUAUAAUUUAUUAUUAAAAAAUGGUUUUUUUGAGUCGCGCUCAGACUGUGUGCCUUGCUUAUAUAUUAUAUAAGAAAAAACAGAAUAAACGAACAAAUAGACGUUAUUGGGUCCAUCCCCUUAACUUGAAAAGGCCACGUGAAGGCCAAUUUCAAGUAACAUUUAUGAUGUUAAGAUCUCAUUCAGAUGAGUUCAAAAACUACUACCGUAUGUCAAUUUCAUCAUUUGAUGAACUGUUAUCACGUGUUAAGCAUAGAUUGCAAAAAGAAAAUACAAUUCUACGCAAUUCAAUACCACCCGAGGAAAGAUUGUCAGUGACAUUAAGGUAA